UGAAAGAGAUUGAUGUAGAGGUCCUAACUGUAAAGGGUCUAAACUGUCUAGUAGCCGGAAUAUUUUAUUAGCUAAGUCGUGCAAUAAACGUGAUGAUUGUUUACAAUGCCGAAAGGAAAAAUUUCCUAUGUUAAAGACGAUGAACCAGAUUUUAUUAAGAAGUUUAAACAGAGAGUAGGCUACAAGGAGGGCCCAACAGUAAAUACAAAGCGUGAGAUGCCAGACUUUGAUGACGAUGAUGACAGGCCGGAUAAUGAGGACGAGAAGCCGGUGGUUGUACAAUUGAGGGAGGGGGAUCUAAGUGCUGAGGAGGCGGAGAGGCUGCAAAAGACUGAAGAACCCCAAGCUGAUGGUAAGAUCACGUUUAAGAAGCCAGUGAAGAGGGGCGGGGAGGAGGCAUCACAAUUAAAAACUUCUACAAAGAAGAGGAAGGAAGAGAAAGGAGGGAAGAAGAAAUCAGGGAAAGGUGUCAAGAACUCAACUCUGUUGUCAUUUAAUGAAGAGGAAGAGGAUGUCACAUGACACAAGUCAUAGGGUGUCACAUGAUACAUGUCAUAAGAUGUCACAUGACACAUAUCAUGUAAUAGGAUGUCACAUGACACAUGUCAUAGGAUGUCACAUGUUACAGAAUGUCAAAUGACUUUUAACAAAUAUCACAUGACAUAUGUCAUAAGAUGUCACAUGACAUAUGUUAUAGGAUGUCACAUGACUUUUAACACAGGAUACCACAUGAAACAUGACAAUGUCUUGCCAUAAACUGUUCUUAACAUUAUGCAACAUUGUAAUUUAUCAUGUAAGGACACAACAAUGCAGGUUUCAUCAGAUUUGGUUCUGAACAUUGUACAUUUCUAAUCACAUAUUGUAAUUUACUCAGACAUUUCCUACUUCAUUGUUUUUGAUGGAAUAUAUUGUGUAAAAAGGACAAAAAAAAAAAAAAAGAACAUUCUUCAUAUUCAUUAGCCCAAA